GUUGUUGAUACCGAUUUGUCCUCGGACUACGACAACAUUAUCAACGAUAGCCCACUGAGUCCAAGGUCGACAGGUAGGACUUCGCCGUAGAUUGGUGGUCCAAACACACCAAUAAGUUCCCCUGUCUCAGGCUUGACCCCAUCUGGUCCCAAUCUGUCGCCCAAUUCGACCUCAGUAGCUCACAACAUCUCCAAGAAACAGCCUGCGACUACUCCUGUAAGCCUCGCCGAGGCACUCAAGAAGUUCCCUAUCAAGGAAAAUACCCUCAAUUUCAAGCCAACCAGGAUCAAUACCAUCGAAGAUAUCUCUGCCUUCAAGAUAUACAUGGAGACUUUCUAUAAUGAAUGCUACACCGAGUCCAAGUCUGAACGCUCUGUUCGGAGACAGCGUUUAAAAGCCCAUCUUGAUCAGAGCUCUAUAUCACCCUCUGAAAAAGAUGAGAUAGUUCACUCCUGGGAAAGAUCGGAGUCCACCCAUCUCCGACGUCUGCGAGGCCUCAAGAGCAGCUCAGGUCAAAGACACUCGUCCAAGAGUGUGUCCAAUGCUGGCUUCCAGGAACUUCGUAUCCUUGGCAAAGGUAGUUUCGGAGCCGUCAAACUCGUAACUGAUGCAGAGCACUUCUUGACUGAAGAGUCCACACCCUGCGUAAUGAAUGACGUCCCUUGCCCUACCUUGGUUCGUCGUGGAAGUCAGGAUCCUCGUGCCAUGAAGGACUAUUAUGCUAUGAAAGUCAUUCGCAAGGCGUCCAUGGUACGCAAGGGUCAAGAGGCUCACAUGCGCGGCGAAAGAGACUUCCUUGUCAAGGCAGAAGGUUCACAAUGGGUGGUACCGUUGAUCGCAAGUUUCCAGGACAGCACAAACCUCUACUUGGUCAUGGAAUUCAUGAUCGGAGCUGACUUCAUGACGUAUCUCAUCCGCCGGCAUAUUAUCAGUGAGGACGAUACCAGAUUCUUCAUUGCAGAGAUGGUCCUGGCUAUCGAAGAGACUCACAAGAUGGGGUGGAUACACCGCGAUAUCAAGCCAGACAACUUCUUGAUCCACUCUUCUGGCCACCUCAAAAUAUGCGACUUUGGACUUGCUUUUGACGGUCACUGGUCUCACAUCAACGACUAUUAUGACACGACACGAUGGUCUAUUCUGGACAAGUACAAUAUUCAUGUAAGAGGCGAUGCGCUCGACGAAGAGUCCAGAGCGCACCCUAGGUACGACGACUCGCGUGCGUCAACCUCACGCCGACCCUACGAGAUGCACAGUGUAGUCGACAUGAAAGAACUCCUCGAGGAGCCCGAGCGAGUCCAGAGAGAACGCCCCAAGAGUAACGUCGGCACCAAGCUGUAUAUGGCUCCAGAGCUGGUGUUGGGUCACGACUACGAUGGAAGAAUCGAUUGGUGGAGUCUUGGCUGUAUCUUGUUUGAGUGCUUCUGGGCCAGGACCCCCUUCUAUAGUGAGGACAGACAAACAACGGCCAAAAACAUUGUGAACCAUGCGAAGACCCUCCACUUUUCGGACAGCGAGCGACUUACCGGAACAGGUCAACACUUCCCAGCACCUUCCAAAUCUGCCGUCUCUCUCAUGAAAGGUCUUUUGCGGGAGAAACAAUAUCGACUAAGCUCAGCUGCAUACUCAUCCAGAUCCUGUCAUUCCUUGAACUUCCAAGACACUUCCUGUGAGCGGUCUUUCGUCGUUCCUAACGAUGCCGAAGAUAUCAAGGCCCAUCCUUUUUUUAAAUCGAUCCAAUGGGACUCCCUACACAGGUCAAAGCCUCCGUUUGUGCCAGAGGCAGUCGGGGACAUUGCUCAAUACUUUGACGACGAAGAUAGGCACAUCAACGCGGCCGGAACAAGCUUCAUGAGCCUGAGGGAACGAGCCGAUCCUGAAGGAAGAUCGUGGACCAAUAAACAAGUGCUCGGCGAAUACUACGAGAGAUGGGUGGCUGAGCAGCUUCAGGUCGAGAAGAUUCAGAUGGGAAUGACUGAUUGGACAGACGAACGCUUUGAGAAGCACAAGAGAAUGUUCGGCGACAGGUGGUGCGCUCUCAAGGAAACGCGGAUGAAGCAUCACUUGUUGGGCUCCAGACCGCGAAGAAGCAGACCCAAGGACAUGCUGCUACGGGAUCGUCAUCUGGGAGAUCAUGUCUUGGAGAGGAGAAAAGCGGGAGCAUUUCUAGGUUAUACGUAUCGUUGUCCACGAUACGUGUUUCCGGAGGCUGGCAAAGAAAAGGCGCCAGUCUUUUCACGACCUACGAUCAUUCCUGUGACGGACAACGAAUGAGGUGAAGGAGAUGGUUGGGCGGGUGUUGUUCACUUCUUACCUAUACUCCUUUGGACUUUGUCAAUUCUAAUCCUGGUCUCUUCGUGAUCGUGCCACUCUAGCGUGCAGUCUAUGAAACUUCAAAUGCUCAGCUCAGCCUCUGGGUGAGCUAUACUCGAUCCUGUUGAAAGGAAAUUACGA